GGGUUUUUUAAUAGCCUCCGAACUGAACUUGCAGAAUACCCGGGUAUAGUAGUUUCUACCGUUUGCCCUGGACCUGUGCAUUCACGUGUGGUGGAAAAUGCCAUGGCUGAAGAUGUCACAAAGGUUGUGGGCAGUGUCAGAGGCCAGUCCGACAAGAUGGCAACCAGUCGUUGUGUGCGGCUGAUGUUAAUCACCAUGGCCAAUGAUUUGAAAGAGGUUUGGAUUUCAGAGCAACCAUUUCUGCUGGUAACAUAUUUGUGGCAAUAUAUGCCAACCUGGGCCUGGUGGCUAAGCAACAAGUUAGGAAAGGAGAGGUUUCUGGUAAGAGCAAUUUAUAUAUUUCUUAGUAAUACGUAUCAAUCUUAAAUUAUAAAAUCUUCAGCUUCUUAGAACACUUUCUUGCUAAUUCUCCCCCAAUCUCACCAUAUAAAAAUAAAAAGUAUGCAAAGUAUUCUAUCCCCAUAGGUAUCUGAUGUGUUACUGUAAAUGAUCACUAGUCUUGGAGAAAUCACUUUGCAGUCGAAAGACUGACAUUGAUUCUCUCCCACUUAACCUCUGACCGAUGUAUGUGUCGCCACAGUGGCCUUUCCCCAUUGCUUCUCCUUCCGAC